UGAUGAAAAUAUCGCUCAAGGUGUUGAGUCUCUUCCUCCAGACCAUGGUGGUGACUCGAGUGUGAUGGGCAGCUUCAAGAAGCAUGCAAGCAAGUUUAGUGGCACCUUGGGUAGCGCGAGGAAGCAGCUAGGCAGUGACUUGAGCAGACUGAGCACUCAUA